CCCACAUGUAGAGAGGUGAAGUGAAUGGUUAAAGCUUUAAACAAAAAUCAAACUUUAACUUUGGAAAGUGCGUAGUCAGACGUCUUGAUCUUUUUAAGGACCCUCUCAAGGGAUUGCUAGCAAAAAGAAAGAGGAUAUUUGUUUUAUGAGAGUCCAUCGUCCCACUCACCGUCCAAGAUGACCCACUGCUUCACCCCACUGCUUGUGAUAGCGCCCUUCCUGAUUGCCCUUUUCAGUGCCCCUGCCCCCACCUCAGCCGUCGACCCCUCCCCGGCAUCACCAGAUCAACUCGCCCUCAUCAACACCACUUUUGGAACGGACGCCAUCUAUAUCUUUGAAGAUGAAGAAAUCGAAGUCAACUUCACCGUUUUAUACUACUACGGUGCGGAGACGGUAACCAUCACCUUCGAGAGCGAAAGCGACUUUUACUACGAAAUCGUCAACGCUUCCGACGUCGAGUUCGUCCUUACGUCGUCAGACGAGUACCCGAAGACGAUGAAAUUCAACCUUCGUGGAAGGCACAUCUCGAUCUCGGAGAUGUCGAUACUGAUGACCGUCGACGAGUACGUCUUCAACAUCGGAACUGUGACUGUCAAGACGAGUUUGAUCCCUAACCCCAUCUACACCAUCGUCAACUACCUCAUGCUAGCCGUCAUCAUCGUCAGUUUCGUCACCAUGGGGACCACCAUCGACCUCAAACUCAUCUGGGAGCGACUUCGUCGACCAUGGGCGGUGCUGAUCGGGAUGCUCUGUCAGUUCUUCAUCAUGCCCGCGCUCGCCUUCGGGCUCGCAAAGGCGCUCAGUCUAGACAAUGCCUCGGCCAUCGGCUUGGUACUCGAUGGGUCGUGCCCUGGUGGGUACCUAAGCAACUCCCUCAGCGUCAUCCUCGAUGCCGACUACGUGCUCAGCCUGACGAUGACGUUCUGUUCCAACAUCCUUGCGAUGGGGAUGAUGCCGCUAAACCUCUUCAUCUAUACGACGAGGUUGACCGACGACAACGAGUCGCUGAGCACGCCGUUCGGCGAGAUCGCCAUCCAGCUCGUCCUCCUCAUCAUACCCAUCGGGAUCGGGAUGCUCAUUCGGUACAAGUGGCCUAAACUCCAGGAUAAAGCCAUGAAGUUACUCAAACCUAUAUCAACCAUAGUCCUGGCCAUCACGCUCGCCACAAGUCUGCCGUUCCAGCUCUACAUCUUCGACGCUCCCUGGAACGUCUAUCUGGCGGCGUUCCUGCUACCGUUGUGCGGUGCUCUGUGCGGCAGCCUAAUCGCCAAGAUCACCUGCAUCAAACCGAAUGCGGCUAUCGUCACAAUCUCCUUGGAAACAGGUGUCCAGAAUGCCUUGAUGGCGAACAGCAUCAUCGCUCUCUUCUACCCUCACCCGGAGGCGGAGCUCGCCGCUCGCGUGCCGUUCCUCAUCUUCCUCAUGACCCUCUUCGAAGGCAUCCUUAUCGCCGCCAUCUACCUCCCUUACAAGCGCUUCUGCAAGAAGCCCGAAGACGGCGCGGACGAUGAGGAGAAGAAGAUCAAAGACGAGAAGAUGAAGGAGGUGUAUACUCCGGAAGAGAUGAAGGAGAUGAAGGAGAGGAAGGGCGACGGCGGCACGGCCGAGGGAGCGUACGCGAACCCGGCCUUCGAGAAGAAUUGACACUGCGCUUCCUGUAUUUGGUAUAAAUCUGCGCGCAUUAUUUCCUUCAUUUCCUUUGAUAUUAAUGGAUGCGGCGAUCUCCCAUUUGAUUUCCAUAAUUUCCUCUCGUCAGACAUAAAUCAUUAAAAGGACUUGGAAACAUUGUUCGGACGAGAGAAAAUGGUGCUAAGGUAGUGACUUCAAUGCUAGAUGUACAAUUAAAGACACUCUGAAAGUUUGAGUGAAA